AUGGCACAAAACCUCACCCAUUCCGAUAAGUCCCCGACAUCUAGUCAUCCCCGGCACGUUGCAAUUGUUGGUGCAGGAGGAGAAAUUGGCUCGCAUAUCACUAGAGAGCUCUUGAGAACUAAGAAACACCAAGUCACUGCCUUGACUCGGGCGGAAAGCACUAGCACAAUUCCUGAUGGGGUGCUUGUUAAGAGAGUCGAUUAUGAAGACCGGUCCUCUCUUGUCGAUGCUCUUUGUGGAAAGGAUGUCCUGAUUAUCACUCUUGCCGGAAAUGCCCCGCCGGAGCAGGAAGCCAAACUUAUUGAAGCCGCAGCGGAGGCUCACGUCGCCUGGGUCAUUCCCAAUGAAUGGGGACUCGACUCCGACGAUAGAUCUUUGGCCGAAGAUUCGAUCCUCGGCGAAAUGAAGCAGAAGACACGCCGUUAUAUCGAGAGUCUCGGGAAGAGUUCUUGGAUCUCACUGGUCUGCGGCUUCUGGUAUGAGUUCAGCUUGGCCGGCGGCGCAGAGCGUUUUGGCUUUGAUUUUCCGAAUCGUACAAUUACCUUCUACGAUGAAGGCUCAACAAAGAUCAAUACCAGCACCUUGGAACAGUGUGGUCGAGCCAUCGCACAAGUACUCAGCUUGCAGGUACACACCGCAGAGAACGAGAAAGACGGCCUCACUCUUUCGCAGCUCAAGAACCAGCCCGUCUAUGUCUCAUCCUUUUUGGUGAGCCAACGAGACAUGUUUGAAUCUGUCCUCCGUGUCACUGGUGCCACUGAGGGAGACUGGAAGAUUAAGUACCAGGAUGUCCAGCAGCGUUACGCCGAAGGGAAAGCAGAGAUGCAGAGGGGAGACAUGACUGGGUUAGUCAAGCUACUCUACGCAAGAGACUUUUUCGUCAAUGGCGGUGGCAACUUUGAAGCAUCGAGGGGUCUGCAUAAUGGCACUUUGAGCCUACCGAGGGAAGACUUAGAUGAUCAUACGAGGACUGCCAUAACGAACGUGUAA